CCGUCACUACCGUCGAGCCAGCACGUUCGCUACGAACGGAGCGCGCUCGCAACCGCUCCCGCGAAAAUCGCGAACAAAUUUUUCCACAUUGACAUUCGACCGUUCGAUUUAUAAAAACAAAAAGUGAUCUGUUCAAACUAGUCGUGUUCUUUUGUUUUGUUCGAAUUGAUGUUUUUUUGAAUAAUUUAAUCAGGUGUCUAUUGUUAGCAGCAGCAUGGGAACUAUUAAAAAAUUACGACGAAGUUUGUUGCUCUUAGCGGCUGUGUUCGCGGUACAGACGAGUGCACAGAAAAGCAAAUCCGAUGACAGUAGUAUACAGGCAGUGCCAAGUGACCUCAGACGAGCCGUCAGUGAAGCACUAGCUUUAGAAAAGAGAUUUCUAUUAGGCGCUAGCGAUGCGCACAACUGCUCAUCAGACGAGGAUGAGUUCAGCAGAAUACCGUGUCCGCCUAGCAAGUACCGCAGCGCGAGCGGCGAGUGCAACAAUGUGCGGCACAGGCCUUGGGGCCGGAGAGGCGAUGUCUUCCUCAGGCUAUUGCCACCUAACUAUGCUGAUGGUGUAUCUCAACCACAAUCACCACCAUACUUGCCGGAGCCAACGCUGGCAAUCCACGCAGCUUCACAGUUGAGUUCAUCAGCUGACAACGACUAUGUCACCAGCAUGCUAGCUGCGUGGGGUCAGCUCAUCAUGGACGACUUGAUAAGCACAGCCAACGGAAACAAAGAUUGCAAAGGAGCCACAUGCGAGUAUGUUCGUUCCGCGCCCACAAGAAACAUUGAUUCUUGCGGCUUUGAACGGCGUGAACAAAUGAACAUGGCGACAUCAUUCCUCGACGGGUCUGCGUUAUACGGCAGCUCGGAGAAGGAGCUCCGAUCUCUGAGACUCUAUGACGCCGGCAAAAUCGACCUGGAAUCAUGCCGCAAAUGCAAAGACGGAUCUCCUACCGCCCCUCUUUACAAGACUUUACUCUCUGAACACAACCGCAUUGCUGGCGAGCUAUAUACUUUGAACCCGUUCUGGGAUGACACUACAUUAUUCUUGGAGACCAGACGAGCGGUGGCGGCUAUCAUCCAACAUAUCACCUUUAAUGAGUUCUUACCUGUUCUUUUGGGAGAGGUUGGCAUGGCUAAGGCUGAACUUAAGUUGACGUCUCUUGGCUUCUGGCGCGGUUACUCAAGUGCUAUCCGUGCUGGAGUUUACUCCGAGCUCGUCGCAGUUGCUCCUAUCUUCCACGCUAUGAUGAAUGAGAAACUGAUUAACACAACAGCCACAUUAGAACAUUUAGUCCGGACCAGCGCCCAACACGUGUCCCACUUCCCGGCCUCCGCUCAAUGGGAUCUCAACAGGGCUCGUGACCAUGGAGUGUCUUCAUACUUAAGGGCAUUGCGCAUGUGCGAACCUAUGGCCACCAUCAAGUCUUUCGGAGACUUCAGCAAAAUGGGCUUCGAUAGAAAACAGCAGGAAAUGAUGGCUGGCAUGUACAGGAGUCCCGAUGAUGUGGAACUAAUGAUCGGAGGUGCUAUGGAGAAACCAGCGUCCGGAGCUGUCGUGGGAUCAACUAUUGCAUGCGUUUUAGCACUGCAGUUCGCUAACUUGAAGAAGAGUGACAGAUUCUGGUACGAAAACGAUUUGCCUCCAUCUUCACUAUCGCCUGAUCAGCUCGGAGCCAUCAGGAAAGUGUCUCUCGCUGGAACUUUGUGCGCUGCUCAAGAUACUUUAACCAGCGUCCAACCAAAGGCUUUCGUCAGAGAGGAUCCUUACUUGAACGCCGCCCAACACUGCUCUCAACACAACCGUCUAGAACUUUCUGCGUGGAGGGACGAGAGCGGAGCUAAGGCUGCGGAGAGGUUGUCUCAAGAUAUGCUCGCUACUGCAUUGGAGAAGGCUAAACAGGAGAUGGCUGAUAGAAAGAAACUGGAAUACAUGUUGUGGGAAGCACGUGGUGGAGCAGACCCUAAGUCACCAGUAGGAACAGCAGCGUCGUUCUCAAAGGCCAACAAAUAUGCGCUGAAACUUGCAAAUACGUCACUGUUCUUGGAAUUCGCCACUAACGAACUUAUCAACUCUAUCAACAGCGGACACCGUCGUAAACGUCAGAUCUUCGACGACUCACUCGGUUUUGGUACCUCAGACUUCGUAGACUCCUUACAAUCAGUCGACAUCACCGGUUUCCUUGGCAACGACCAGUCGGGACCCAUCAUUGAACCUCAAUGCGAUGACAAGGGAGCUUGCGAACCGGACAAUCCCUUCAGGACUUACACUGGAUACUGUAAUAAUUUGAGGAACCCUAACUUGGGCAAGGGAUUGACGACAUUCGCCAGAUUGCUGCCCCCAGUUUAUGAAGAUGGUGUAAGUCGUCCCCGCAUCAACUCCGUAACCGGCACCCCUCUACCGUCUCCUCGAGUGGUGUCCACCGUCAUCCAUCCUGAUAUCUCAAACUUGCACACUCGCUACACGCUCAUGACGAUGCAGUUCGCUCAAUUCCUUGAUCACGAGCUUACUAUGACGCCCAUUCAUAAAGGUUUCCACGAGUCAAUCCCGGAUUGUCGUUCCUGCGACUCCCCGCGCACGGUACACCCGGAAUGCAACCCGUUCCCCGUGCCGCGAGGAGAUCACUACUACCCUGAAGUCAACGUUACCUCGGGAGAGAGGCUUUGCUUCCCCUUCAUGAGGAGUUUGCCUGGACAGCAGCAACUUGGACCUCGUGAACAAGUAAACCAGAACACGGCGUUCAUCGACGCGUCAGUCAUCUACGGCGAGAACCCUUGCAUAGUGCGCAAACUCCGCGGUUUCAAUGGUCGUCUGAACGCUACCACUAACCCUCAUAACGGAAGGGAAUUGUUGCCCAGGAGUGACAACCAUCCUGAGUGUAAGGCGCCUAGUGGUUUCUGCUUUAUCGCUGGUGAUGGCCGAGCCUCCGAACAGCCAGGCCUAACAGCCAUCCACACAAUCUUCCUCCGCGAACACAACCGCAUCGUAGAAGGUCUUCGAGGAGUCAACCCUCACUGGGACGCCGACCAGUUGUUCGAGCACACGCGACGAAUCCUUGCGGCUACAUUCACGCAUAUCAUCUAUAACGAGUUCUUGCCAAGACUGCUGUCCUGGAACGCUGUUAAUUUGUAUGGAUUGAAGCUCUUGCCUUCAGGUUACUACAAAGAAUACUCUCCUACCUGCAACCCGGCCAUAGUAACAGAGUUCGCGGCUGCAUCAUUCCGUUUCGGUCACUCUCUGCUUCGUCCUCACUUACCGCGACUGUCGCCGAGCUUCCAGCCUGUUGAGCCCCCGAUCUUGUUGAGAGACGGGUUCUUCAGGCCUGAUAUGUUCAUGUCUCACCCUCCAAUGGUAGACGAGCUGAUGCGUGGUCUCGCCUCAACUCCUAUGGAAACCCUCGACCAGUUCAUCACGGGAGAAGUCACAAACCAUUUGUUCGAAGACCGUCGCAUUCCCUUCUCUGGUAUCGACCUGAUUGCCUUGAACGUACAAAGAGCGAGAGACCACGGUAUACCGAGUUAUAACAACUACAGAGCACUUUGUAAUCUGAAGAGGGCGACUACCUUCGAAGAUUUGGCGAGGGAAAUUCCUGAUGAAGUUAUUGCCAGGUUCAAGCGCAUCUACGCGACGGUGGACGACAUCGAUCUAUUCCCGGGCGGUAUGAGCGAGCGGCCACUGCAGGGCGGUCUGGUCGGACCUACCUUCGCCUGCAUUAUCGCCAUUCAGUUCAGACAGCUUAGGAAAUGUGAUAGAUUCUGGUACGAAAACGACAACCCAGCGGCUCGCUUCACGGAACAACAACUGGCUGAGAUCAGAAAGACGACGUUAUCAAAACUGAUGUGCGACAACUUCGACCACCCCGGAGAUAUUCAGAGAGCCGCCUUCGACUUGCCUAGCAACUUCUUGAACCCCCGAGUAUCCUGCGCGUCGCUACCACAACUGGAUCUGUCAGCGUGGCGCGAGAGCUCGGCGCAGGGAUGCCUUAUCGCGGGUCGGUCGGUAGCUGUCGGAGAGUCCGCCUUCCCCUCGCCUUGUACAUCUUGUAUAUGUACUGUUGAAGGGGCACAAUGCGCCUCCCUCCGUAUAACAGACUGCGCACAACUCCACCGCGAGUGGCCGCGCGAGGCAGUACAACGUGACGAUGUGUGCACGGCCCAAUGUGGGGCUAGCUCCGCCGCGCCCGCGCGUCCGCCGCGCCGGCCGCAUAUCAACUUCAACUUCCCUGAUCUGUCGCCUUUUGUAGCCAAGUGAGUGGGGGUAGUGCCCUAGUCUGUUGAUGCGUUGUUGUUUUUGAAAGUAAUGUCGUAUCCAGGGUAAGAAAUGCUGAAGAAUCUGUCAUGACAAAUGCUCCAGUUAAUGUAGUCCAGUCCAGUUGUGGAUUGCUGUCAUAAUCUAUUAAAGACAAUGUUCAAAGCAAAUAAUUUGAGUAGAAAAUAAUUUGUGCCCAUUUCGAACUUUUCAGACUCUGAAAGAAAUUAAUAUUUGCAGAACAUAAAAUUAAUAUACAUAAAUUAAAUUUAAAAAAAUGUUUUACUUAUUAACAAAACAACUGCAACGUUUAACAGAUGAAGGGUUUUUGGUGAAGCUAAUAAUUUAAGAAAAUGAGAUUGAACAAUUCAAGAACAUUAUCAGCCAAUGUGUGUUAAUUUAAUACAAAAUGAAAGUCAUGGGAAACGAAGAGUAUGAUCAAUCUCUACUAAUACCAUAGAAUACCAUAAAUCUCUACCAUAGAUCAAUACUGAUCGAUUUUCACAGAGUUACCACAAGUUUACCAAUAUAAUUGAAAGAAUAUUAGUAAUAUAAUAUCAAUAACAAUAUUCUUUGAAAUAUUCGCAUCUUUGACUGAUCGCCGCGUCUCAUUUAUACAUUGUUAUGAAUUUAGUUUAAUUAUUCUUAAGAUUACUUAGGUAAAUCCAAAAUGGACGUCUGUAGCCGACCUAAAGCUAUGGGUACGUCGCAUGAAACAUUGUACAAACACUGUAGCUUAGAAAAUGGUAUAUUUGAUUAAGUUCUAUUUUCUAAAAUUCAGUUGUUUUACUAUUUUAAUCUUAAUUCCAUUAAUUAUGUUUCAAUAUUUGAUGGAAUUAAAAAAUAUAUAAUUCCAAGUGUGUAGUUAAUUAACACAAGUGUGUUUUGGUAUAAAUUGAUGUUUGUAAAAUACUUAUAUUUUGUUGAAAAGAGAAAAUUAGUUUAAAAAAUAUAUACGAAAGACUAGCGACGCUUAAUUUUGAUAUGCAUGCUGAUUCAUUCAAUUGGCCCAAAUUCUGUGCGGCCAAAUAGAUAGUAAGAACAAUAGCUAUUUGCAAUUUAGUCCUGUAUCUAAAUGUUUUUUCAUAUAAAAUUAUCUUUUUCAUUCUUCAAUCUUAUUGUUUCAAAAAUUAUUUUUAAUUAAUAUUACGGCCAUCAUGAGCUUUAAAUAGACGCAGUGAUGUUUUACAAAACUAUAUCAAUAUACCUAAUUUACCGUAGAAUAAACCGCAAUACCAGCUACUGUAUCAAUGUUACCAUACUCAUAUUAAUUUUCUAAUUUGGUAGAAAUGCUGAGGCCAAAAGUUAAGUAUCUAAUAAUGAUUAUUAUCUGUCUAGCUCACUAUGAUAAAUAAAUUCACUGCCUAGUUGUACCUAGGAUUAUAAGGUUCUUGUAAAUUAUUUUGUAAUAUAUUGGAUAAUUAAGUAUAACACGUUCUGUAGUUGUAAUAUUUUUAUUUUUAUGAUCAUAUGAAAAUCUCACCUAGACAACGAAAACCGAGUAUAAAUACUUUUUAUUUA